CACUUGGCCAGGCGGAAAACAGAUUGGUUUCAUCGCACAGAUGAGCACAUGAACCUCUCACGAGCUAUCUGAGUCCAACCCCCAGAGCCCUUAACGGCCGCGAUGGCUGCGACAGGAAACGGUCGCAAGCGCGUUGCUGUGGUGGGCAGCGGCAUCACGGGCCUCAGUGCUGCCUGGCUGCUGCACAGGAGUGGAGCGAGUGUGACACUGUAUGAGAGUGAGAGCCGCUGUGGGGGGCACACCCUGACAGAUGAUUCACCCGGCUACCCAGUGGAUCUUGGAUUCCAGGUGUACAACCUCACAACGUACCCCAACCUGGUGGGUUUGCUGGAGGAACUAGGAGUGGACACAGAGCCAUCAGACAUGUCCUUCGGGCUGUCCAUUGAUGGGGGAGCCCUGGAGUGGGGCAGCCGGGGGCUGGGGGCCAUCUUCGCGCAGCGCCGCAACCUGCUGUCUCCCGGCUUCCUGCGCAUGAUCUGGGACGUCAUCCGCUUCGGCAGGGAGGCCCCCGAGGUGUUGAAGCCGGGGACGUCAGAGAAAUACGCGCAGCACAGCCUAGGGCAGUACAUCCGCGAGAAGGGGUACAGCCGCGCAUUUGUCACGCAGUACCUGCUGCCGAUGUGCGCCGCCGUCUGGAGCGUCCCCAACGCCCAGGUGAUGGAGUUUCCGGUGGUGAUGCUGGUGCGGUUCUGGGCGAACCACCAUCUGCUGGAUCUGCUGCAGCGACCGCUUUGGCGCGUCGUCAAGGACCGCUCCCGCUCCUACGUCAACAAAAUCCUAGCCGAUCUGCCGGACGUGCGCACGAGCGCUCCAGUGACGCGGGUGGAGCCGGCGUCCGGCGACGGCAGGGCGGUGGUGCACGCGGCGGGCUUUGUGGCGGAGGAGUUCGACGCGGUCAUCUUUGCCACGCACACCAACACCACGCUGGCCGCCCUCGGCAGCGCCGCACCUGAGGGUGUGCGGCCGCUGCUGGAGGCGAUCCCCUACGGCACCAAUGACAUCUACCUGCACACCGACGUCGACUUGAUGCCCCGUGCGCACGCGACUUGGUCCUCUUGGAACUUCCUCGGCUCCUCGUCCCACGCGGCUGACCCGGCAGCCGACACAGCAGCCGUCUGCGUGACCUACUGGCUCAACAACCUGCAGCGGCUUCCGCCCGGCGCGCCCGAUACGUUCGUGACGCUGAAUCCGCCGCGGCCGCCGGCGGCCGAGCGCACGAUCCGGCACCUGCAUCUGGCGCACCCGGUCUUCAGCUCCGCCUCGUACGAGGCGCAGCAGCGACUGCCCUCCGUCCAGGCACGCCUGCCGCUCUCUUUUGUUUCUCUUGUGUUGCAGUCGGGCAAGGGCGGCAUCUACUAUGCGGGUGCCUGGUGCGGCUACGGAUUCCACGAGGACGGCCUCAAGGCGGGCAUGGCGGCGGCGACAGCACUUGGUGCCACAAUCCCCUGGACGCCGCACGCCACUUCCCCCAAGAUGUCCCUGGCCGACAUGUUCUUCAUGUCGACCUUUGACAAGUUUGCGCGGCGCGCGAUUUCGCUCGGCCGCCUGCGCUUCAUCCUGCCCAACGGCGAGGAGCUUGUCUAUGGGGACGAUGCCUCUGCCGCACGCAGCCUGCCUAAAGAGGAUGAGUGGAUGGGCAAGCCGGUGCUGUGCGCGACGGUGCGCGUGCUGCGAAUGGCCUUCUUCCGCAAGGUCAUCACCCGCCACGACACCGGCCUCGGGGAAGCCUACAUGGACGGAGACUUCCUGGUUGAUGACUUGGGUGCGCUGCUGGCGGCGGUGACUGCAAACGCGGGCAACAUAGAGGGCAACCGUGGCGCUCUGGGAAUCCUCAACCGCAUCGGGGACUGGCUCCUGCUGCUCGCUCACCGCGCCCGCGCCAACACCAUUGAGGGCAGCAGGCGGAACAUAGAAGAGCACUAUGACGCAGGCAACGCCAUGUACAAACUCUUCCUGGACCCCUCCCUCACCUACUCAUCCGGCAUCCACCGCCCAGGCGACAGCUUGGAGCAGGCGCAGAUGAACAAGCUGGAUGCGCUCGUGUCCAUGGCCGGCAUUACUAAGGAUGACCAUGUGCUGGAGAUCGGCUGCGGCUGGGGAUCCAUGGCUAUCCGCGCCGUGCAGACGACUGGUUGCCGGUGGACGGGCCUGACGGUGAGCAAGCAGCAGCUGGAGGAGGGUGUGGCGCGAGUGAAGGCGGCCGACCUCUCCGACCGCAUCACCCUCCUCUUCUGCGACUACCGCCAAGCCGCCCACCUCGGACCCUUCGACAAGGUGUUGAGCUGCGAGAUGAUAGAGGCGGUGGGGCACGAGAAUCUGCCGGCCUACUUUGAUGCCAUCAGCGGGCUGCUCAAACCGGGCGGCCAGGCUGUCAUCCAGGCGAUAUCGGAGCCGGACGAGAGGUACGAGGCUUACUGCGCUUCCAGCGACUUCAUCCGCGAGCACAUCUUCCCGGGCGGGCACCUGCCCUCCAUGGGCGCCAUGGUCGACUCCGCGCGUGGCACCGGCCUCCACGUCGAGGAGUGCAGGGAUAUCGGCCCCCAUUAUGCGGUGACGCUGCGCGCGUGGCGGGAGACUUGGGAGAGGGAACGCGCGGCCAUCCUGAGCCUGGGCUACAGCGAACGCUACUGGCGCAAAUUCAGGUUUUAUUUUGCAUACUGCGAGGCGGCCUUCGACGCCAAGUACAUCCACAACUUCCAGAUCCGCUGGGCCAAGGCAACCGACCACCCGGCCGCCGACCCGCUGCAGCCGUCCUCCUCGCAGGAGCUGCCCAAGCACGUCGUUGCCAAGGCCGCGGCUCCCGCUGACCCCGUCACCCAGGUGCUGCUGGCAAUAUACUUCUUCCUGGCGGGGUGCGUGGUGAGCCAGAGCCGCAUGCUGUGGGUCAUGCCUGCCGCCUCUGCCGUCUUCGCCUGCAUCCUCGCCUGCGUCUCCGCCGCCUCCACCCUCCUCUUCUCCUCCUACAGGAGCCUGAGCGCGGAGGGGCAGGCUUGGUGGUGCACGGAUGUGGUGCACCUGGUCUACUCAGCGCUCAGCUUCGCGGCGGCUGCCGCCUACGUGGCGCGGCACCCGGCGGCGCUGUCUGUCGGCUGGACGCCGUCUGCAGCGCAGGCCGGCCUUCUGCCAGACCUGCUCGUGUGCACCAGCGCCGGCUUCUUCGGCUUCCAGCUCUGGACCCUUGUGCGCAACAGGCUGUUCAAGCGGUCUUACCUGGCCAUCAUCCACUUCUCGCUGCUGCUGGUGUUGUUUGGCGCCGCCGCGUCCAAGGCGCAGCAUACGCCGCUCCUCAGCGCCAUGCUGCUGUCAGAGCUGCCCUCCGUCUUCUAUAUCACGGGCCGCCUACAGGACUUGAUAGGAGUCCCCCCGGGCUCCUGGAAGCGCAGGGCGGUGCGAAAGGCCGAGCUGGCCACCCUGCCCCUGUUCCAGCUCAUCCCCCAUUUAUUGAUAGCCUUAGACGUCGCGCAAAGCCCGGACGCCUUCUCAGCCAAGUCCUACUAUGGCAUCGCGAUGGCUGGCUGCCUGUACAUCAAUGCUGCCAACCUGCGCAAGGCGCUGCUCACCUACUUCCCUGCACAGAAAACCAAGCUUCACGCUGCAUGA